AUGAAAAUGGAGGAGCAGGAAUCUCUGAAACCUGGGGAGAGGCUGGAGGAUGUGGGGAGAACCCCUCACAUUAUCCCAGUCCGAACAAGCUGCGACCUCCAGACAAGACCAGCCUCUGAAACGAUGCGAACUUCGGCCAAGUGGCUGAAACACCACUGGGCGCCCCCAUGGCAGGAAUUCCUGAAAACGAUGCCCUAUCCUCAUUUCGGACCCAGGAACCCGCAGCUUCUGGAGCCCUGGCAGUGGGACCACGCCGAAACGUUGCACAACUCCUUCAGGGGGCUAACAGGUGGCAGCCAUCGGCCUAGAGGAGAGUGGGUCGCCCCAAGCCAGGAAGGACUCAGCAGGGAAGCCCCCCAUGAGGAAAACAGAGGUGUGGACACCUGUGCUGAAGUGAAGGAAGAGGAAGAAGAGGACAUUUCCGGAUGGGAAGGGCGCUGCCAGCGGUUCAGGCAGUUUUGCUACCGGGAAGCCGAGGGCCCGAGGGAGAACAGCCACCGGCUCUCAGAGCUUUGUUAUCAGUGGCUGAGGCCCGAGGUGCUCAGCAAGGAGCAGAUGCUGGAGCUGGUGACCCUGGAGCAGUUCCUGACCAUCCUGCCCCAAGAGAUGCAGAACUGGGUGCGGGAACAGGCUCCAGAGAGCAUGGCCCAGGCUGUGGCCCUGGCAGAAGGCUUUCCCCUCUGGCUGCAAGCGGCCGAAAGAUGGGAGCAAAAGGUGCCAGGAUUGCUGAAGGAGGGCUCAACUAAUCUCCCCACGUCAGAGCAGAAUCCAUCACACUCUCCAGAGACGCAGCUCCACGUGGAGGCCAAGUGUGAGGGUAACAGAGCGACCUGCGUGUUGGGUGCUUGGCAAGUGAGCAAACAUGGCAAAGAGAAUCUUCAGCUAGGGAGAGGACCAGCGCAAGCGGAACUCAGUGGGCUAUUGCAGGAGAGGGCAAGAGAAAUGCUCUUCCCAGGCCUGAAUGCAGAAGAAUCACAAGGAAGUCAGCAAAGUAGCCCUGCAGAUUCCCAUCCCAUGCAGGGAGACUCUCUUUGCAAUGAGAGGAGUUUUUUACUUGAAGUGACGUCCUCCGUGGGAGAAGUGGAGGGUCCUGCCAAUGGGGAACAGCACAGCCAGAACCCCGAACCCCCAAAGAGAGGGGCAGCUCGAAGAAGGAAAAAGACACAUGUAUGCUCAGUGUGCGGGAAAGCUUUUGAACGGCUUUCGAUCCUUACUAACCACCUGACCAUACAUACAGGAGAGAAACCAUUUCAGUGUUUGGAUUGUGGGAAAUGCUUUGGUUAUAAAGCGCUCCUUGUGAGGCAUGAAAAAGGCCACACAGGAGACAAGCCGUACAAGUGCUUAAAGUGUGGGAAAACGUUCAGCACCAGCACCAUCCUUUCGGAUCAUGAAAGAAUUCACACAGGAGAGAGGCCGUUUACUUGUGUGGACUGUGGAAAGUGCUUUGUUAAGAGAGGGCACCUGAUGCGGCAUAAACUGACCCACACAGGAGAGAAACGCUAUAAAUGCACAGACUGCGACAAAAGCUUCGGAGAUAAAUCUCUUCUUACUACACAUAGGAGAAGCCACACAGGGGAGAAACCAUACAAGUGCUCUGAAUGUGGGAAAUGCUUCAGCCAAGGCUCACACCUUAUCACACAUAAGAGAAUCCACACAGGGGACAAGCCGCACACCUGUUCACAUUGUGGAAACAGCUUCAUUCGGCGAUAUGACCUUCUCAUCCAUGAGAGAACGCACACAGGUGAGAAACCCUACCAGUGUCCGGAAUGUGGGAAAAGCUUCCGUCAGAGCUCACAGCUUUUCGUCCAUGGGAGAAUUCACAUGGGAGGGAAACCCUACAAAUGUGUGGAGUGCGGGAAGAGUUUCCGUUGGGAGAGCAGCAUCAAGAUGCAUAUGAAGAACCAUGCUGGAGAUCGACCGUAUGCCUGCUCAGAAUGUGGCAAAAGGUAUGGGAAGUCGUCACACCUGAUACGCCACAAGGAAACCCAUACGGGAGAGAAGCCUUUCAAGUGUGCAGAAUGCGGGAAAAGCUUUGCACAGAGCACCAUGCUUUAUCUCCAUGAAAGAACUCACACUGGAGAAAAGCCCUUCCAGUGCACAGAGUGUGGGAAACGCUUCCGUUGGGAAACCAGCUAUCAGACGCACAUUAAAAACCAUGCCAGGAAGAAACCACACGGGUGCCCAGACUGUGACAAGAGCUACGACAAGGAGUCUGAGCUGAUCAAGCACCGCAGGAUUCACACAGGAGAGAAGCCAUUCAAGUGCAGGGAGUGUGGUCUUUGUUUUGAUCGCAUUUCUGCCCUUACAGUACACCGAAGAAUCCACAGAAGCGAGAGGCCAUUUAAGUGCUCAGACUGUGGCCGAAGCUAUAAUAAGGAGUCUGAGCUUAUUAAGCACAAGAAGGCCCACACAGCAGAGAAACCGCACAAGUGCCCGGACUGUGGGAAAAGCUUUGAUUCAAAGUCUGCGCUGAGAGUGCAUCAAAGAAUGCACACUGGAGAGAAACCAUAUAAAUGCUCAGGCUGUGGGAAAAACUUCAGCCAGAGUUCAAACCUUAAAACACACAUGAGAAUCCAUACAGGGGAGAAUGUGUGAGAGACAACUCUUGAGUGGAAAACA